AACUGGCAUCCAACCCCGUCACCGACCGAGGCGACCGCCUCGGCGGCCAGGCCGCGAUGGGCGGGGUCUGGGAGUGGACAAGCUCGCCUCUGCGAAAGCACGAUGGCUUCGAGCCCAUGACACUCUACCCCGCUUACACGGCUGAUUUCUUUGACGAGAAACAUAACAUUGUGCUUGGCGGCUCGUGGGCCACCCACCCGCGGAUUGCUGGUCGGAAGUCCUUGUAA